UCAAAGCAUGCGUCUUUGGCAUCAACAGAAAGAACAAUGUGGUUGUUAGUAUAUAUAUUUGGCAAAGCGCAGACGCAGAGGUCAUCAUAAACAGCACAACAGAGAUGAUCCUCAACUGAACAGCAGAGACUUUGAGCUGCUGAAACUGUUGAUUUGCCAGAAACUUUAUAAUGAACAGCCGAAACUGACUGAACAUAGAUGAGCUCCAGAAGCAGAAGAAGUCAAGCAGGAACAAUAAGGCUGUGUGAUUCAUGCUGAUUUCUACACGACGAAAAGCUGCUGAAAUCACCGACCCAGCCCUCGCUUGCAGAUUAUUUCAGCCUAGCAUGAUCUUUACUGAUUUCUGUGGAUUUACUGGUUUAAAAGUCUGGAAAAUGAGGAGUAUAGUGGCCCGAAACCUGUCCGACCGCUUUCGGGUGACGCACUGAAGAUGGGCUCUGUAGCAGUGAGUCAGGCAGGCGCGGGCGGUUGAGCUGGCGUUCAGCACUGGAAGAAUGCACUUAUCCCAUGUCGGCACCAACAAAACCUGCUUUCUGCUUUCCCUCGCAUUCUGUGCCCUAUUGGUGCUGCUCAUUCCCUCCUUACAACCUCCACAGCGUCAGGCGGAUCUGCCUCAUCCGCGGCCCCAAGCCAAACCCACCAAACACCCACUCUACAGACCAAAUGAUGAUACCAAGAGUGGUAGUUUUACUCAAACACUUCCUCCUGAUAAUGUGCAGAAGAUGGGGGAUCCAAACUCGCGCUCCAAAGACUUUCUGGACUUAAGAGACAUUUUUAUUGCUGUGAAGACCACCAGGAAAUAUCACAAGUCUAGACUGCAGCUCCUGUCCCAGACCUGGGUGUCCAGAGCAAAGGAGCAGACGUUUAUCUUCACUGAUGGGGAGGACAAGGAGCUCCGGCUGAAAGCAGGGCUGAACAUCAUCAACACCAACUGCUCAGCAGCGCACACACGCCAAGCCCUGUGCUGCAAGAUGUCCGUGGAGUACGACAAGUUCAUCGAGUCACAGAAAAAGUGGUUUUGUCACGUGGAUGAUGAUAACUAUGUGAUCCUGCCCAGUCUGCUGGAGCUUCUGUCCUCGUAUUCCCACACACAGGACGUGUAUCUGGGCCGACCCAGCUUGGAUCAUCCUAUAGAGGCUGCAGAGAGAGUCAAGAGCGACGGAUCGGUGUCAGUGAAGUUCUGGUUUGCCACUGGCGGAGCUGGUUUCUGCAUCAGUCGAGGUUUAGCGCUCAAAAUGAGUCCAUGGGCGAGUCUUGGAAACUUUAUCACGACGGCAGAGAAGAUCCGCCUGCCAGACGACUGUACGAUAGGCUACAUCAUCGAGGCGCUGCUGGAGGUUCCUCUGACGCACACAGGCCUGUUUCACUCACACCUGGAGAACCUGCAGAGACUGCCUGCAGAAAACAUACUCCGACAGGUGACCCUCAGUUAUGGUGGAUUCGAGAACAGGAGGAAUGUGGUCAGUGUUGGAGGAGCGUUUUCAUUGGCUGAAGACCCUUCACGGUUUAAAACCGUUCACUGCCAGCUCUACCCAGACACCGAGUGGUGCCCACGCAAGACUCGCCAUUGACUUCUGGGAUUCGGAUGCAUCCCCAUGGACCAUCAACUUUCUCAUACUCUCCACAACAGUUUCUAUACCAAAGUAACAGGCAGAAUAACGGAGCAGUUUGUAAAGGCAAGUUAGUUCACAUUCACAGACUACAGUAUUUUCAUCUCCUUUCCCAGAACAAAUAUCUAAUCAUUCUUAAACCAAGAUACAUUUACUAGAGCAGAAGAUGAACAAAUCUUAAAGUAUCUUUCAGUUGGUUUUCGUUCAUUAACAUUGAUGUUUUCUCUUGUUUUUAACACAAACAUUGACUCAUGUUUGAAGUCAUCUGCUGCUCAUGUAAAUGUAUAAUGAUUUAAGAUGUGUGGUAUUUUUAUAAUGGGAAGCGAGACUAAUAUAUUAAGCAAGAAAAAUGUAUUUUCAUUGUGCCUGGUACUUUUAAAAUGGCGAAACAGGGUGGCUCUCAUUUUUUUCCUCUUGAAAUACUGCGUUCUGAGAACUGCCAAGUGAUUUACAUAAAGCGAGUCCCUUUCGUAAGAGCGUUUCGACAGGAUUGCGCAAUAUUUUUUUUAUUGAAAUGAUUCCAUCCACAUUUUUGUGGCUUUGACGUCAUCUAUGAGUUGUCUUUUAUCUUGAAGGCCAUAUAUAUGCUCGGCACAGCCCUUUAGAUUCGUGUGCGAUGAUCUGCAACGUCUCCCAAGGAUGAAGAAAACAGUAUUGAUGCGUAAUUUUAGUAUUGUGUUUUCAAGAUUUAUGCAGCCCAGCUCAUCUACUGCCAAUGUUUUUCAGCAUGUUCUUCUCUGUUUGUGUUUUGUGUAUCCAGAAGGACAUUUGCACUCGGUAUGUCUCUUGAUUUACAGGUUGGAGUCAAGUAUUAAAGGUAUAAUUUAAUACCCAAAACUGAAAAUGCACUAUUUACUCACUUUCAGGUGGUGUUAAACCUUUUCUUUUGUUUUUCUGUUGAACAUAAAUGAAGAUAUUUUGAAGAGUGCUGAAAGCAUGUAACCAUUGACAUUCAUAGUAAAAAAAUUCAUGCAUUCUUCAAAAUAUCUCCUUUUGGGUUCAACAGAAGAAAGUCAAACAGGUUUGGAACAAGUACACUCAAAACACUUAUUCAAUCUACUUAAAUCGAGCUGAAACAACACAAUUCUGGAGUCUUUUGGGGGGACAACUUAAUUGUUUUAUGUUCAAUCCACUUAGAUUUAUCAAGCUAACUUAAUUGAUUUGUGUUGGGACAACAUGAAUGAGUUGUGUGGAACCCUGCAGUAUAAAAGGUGUGUAAAUAAUUUUAAGUUUUGGGUGAACUGUCCCUUUAAGACUGGAUUGAAGAUAUACAGACCAAAAAGCAUCAGUCCAAAUCUCGCUAAUUCAUCCAUUGCUCUUUGUGGUUCCUAUAAAAAAUGUUCUAACAUGGAGUUAUUUCUAUUGAAAGAUUGGAAACAAGUGUUGAAAUGAUCCUUCUGAUAUUUGCACAAACACGUUCCUCACUGCAGGCCAGUGGUUUGCGUAAACAUGCCAAAACGAUCUCUUUUUCCUAAUGUUUUCUGAACAUGCCUGCUCUCCGUUGACACUACCAAAUGCUAUCAUUGACUGUUCUUUUUGCACCUCUGAAUAUUUUUGCAGUUGUUUUUUUUUAUCUGACGAACUGAUAAGGUUGUAAAGUAUGAUUUUGGUUUUUAAUAAAUGUAUUUAUUAUGCAGA